AUGGGGCGGGACGAUGUUCGGUUACACUGGAUGACCACCGACGCCCCUAGUAUGGACACUUGGAUAUUACGUUUUGAUGUCCCGAUAGAUCAAGACGUAGAGGUGGUUGAGUAUGUAGCACCGGGGACAGAUACGACGUACGAGAAGUAUACGACGGCCGUUUGGGUCGACGAGGAGCUUACCAACUUGGUUCCUCAUCGUUUAAAAGCAUGGUAUAUGGAUGGGGAAGAGGUGAACAUGGGACUCUUGCCGACUUCUGUCUGGCUGUAUAGUUUCUUCACUACCUCAAGGCAGUCUGUUUCUAUCACAAUUUCCUGCGAUCUUCUAUCAUCGAGGAAAGACAGGGCGUGCAGCAAAGCUUGCAGUUCGGUGUGCAGCGACAAGAUUGCAGGGACUGUCUUGGCGAAGCCGUCCAGCAAAGAUCCAGCUUCAUUUCUGAGGAUUCCAGAAACUGCUCCUGUUGCUGCAUCUUCAAGACGGCUUCGGUCCAGGGGCAGAGGAGAAGGAGAUGCUCUACUAUUUCAGCUUCUUGAUCACAGAAGGGGCAUGCUGGUCGAGCUUUCUACAGUUGCUUUGCAGUCUUUCACCUGCUAUCAGCGAUGGGGAUAUGUCUAUCUGCAGUGGAGAGGCUAAUUCAAGAUCAGCAUCUACUUCGAUUUCUGGUAUGUGCACUAUAGCCAGCAACUCCUUUUCCGUUAAUUUCCUCUUACCCCUAUCCUUUUGUAUAUUGUGUGGUCGUGUAUGCGAGCCACCUUCUUUAUUCUGCGCCACUGUGAUCAAUCCUGAAUUUUCUGGGGUUUCCAGUACCAUCUCCUGCUCAUCUUCCACUUCAUAGAUUUCCCCAUAAUAGGCUGUCCAAAAUGGGCUAAUAGAAUUCUCUUCAGCUUUUAGCCAGGGCCCGUAUAGCAGUGUUUCAGUUUUGGACAUGAGUUCGACCUCAUAAGGCACAAGUUGACAGUUUUUUGCAUAAUGUCCAAUAACCCCACAUGAAUAGCAGAAAUGGGGAAGUCUUUCAUACCUAAAGUCCAACCAAUGCUCCUUGCCUCUAAAACUAGAAAGCAUGCCUGAGGAAAGGGGAUUUGAUAAUUUUAACAUAACUCUAGCUCUCCCCACCACUAUGGAUGCAAAGCCUUUUGUUUCUAUGCACACUUCUGAAACUUCACCUACAUUUCCUGUUAUUUCUCUUAUUGCUGCUUCAGACCUCCCUUCUAUAGGUAAUCCAUGAAUUUGAACCCAAAAGGUAGAGGAGUCGAAUAUAAUACAAUGUGGAGGCAUACUUGGCUCCCAUAGCUUUAAUACCAGCAAAUGACUUGAGAAGGACCAAGGUCCAGAGUUCAGUAUUUUGUUUCUCACCUCCACUGACUCAAACUCAAAUGA